AUAACUCUUUAAUUAAUACUGAGGUUUGGGGUGAGACCACAGAGAGGGGGCGACGAAAAAGAUCAAAGCCACCGUCAUGGAUUCGCUGGGGGAGCUGGAGGCGGCGCAGAGCCGCAUCCUCCAACGCAUAACAGAACUGGAGAUCUCCCUCCAGACCGAGCGAGUGUCCUCUCUCUCCAUCUCUCCCCAUUCCGAUGCCGCUGCUGGCAGCGGCGGCGAGACCACGGAGGCGCGCCUCGCGGCCAUGUUGCGGGCCCGCGGCGUCCAGGACUUCCAGUUCAAGCGAGUGCCUCUCGAUUACUACGAGAGGAGCUUGGAGGCCAGGAGAGAGAUCCUCGACGCCCCUUCUAUCCACCAUCUCUGCAAGAGCAUCGUCAUGGUCAAUACCCAAGCUCCUGCUAGUGUUACUGAUUGCAGCGAUCAUAACAAUUCAAAGUACUACAUUGUUGUUAUUCAGUAUAUAGCUCGGCUUAAUGCUGAAAAUAUCAAGCACUUUCUUUAUGCACUCAACGACAAGAAGAUACCGAAGAAGAGAUUCAACAUGAGGCUGGCACCAGAAGAGGAGUCACUUGAACUCACUGGAUACGUGCAUAAUGCAGUGACAUGCAUUGGCAUGGAAACAGACAUUCCGGUAAUAUUGGACGAAGCAAUUGCAAAGUUGGACCCAGAUUUCUUCUGGUUGGGAGGCGGGGAAGUUGAUCUCAAGCUUGGGAUCAGGACCUCCCAAUUUAUAACUGCUAUCAAUCCCUUUGUGGUGAGCUGUAGUUCAUGAUGCCCUCCAACAUGGAAAGUCGACAAACCGACAUCCACCCCAUGUGCCGGUGGGUGAUCACGACCGUCUGAUUCCACCGGAAACACCCCCAUCGGUUUUGCUGCUCGAUUCGGGCCAGGAUGUUUGUCUUUAAUAAAACAGGCAUUUCUUUUAUCCCAUUCAUCUACUCUUAUUGCAUUGUUUUAUGGCGGGGAUUCCAAUUUGAGGAGUCGAGUGUUAGUUUAAUGUGACCUUGAGGGAGCAGUCUUGGAAGUCAUGAAAUUAUAUAUUGCCCCCAAACGGACUUGGAAUAUGGAGUUUAAGUGGACCAUCUCUUUGUAAUUUGGACCCUAAUUGCACAUGGGUCCCUUCUUGGGUUUGAAAGAAUGGCACACAGUAAUGUAUAUUGUGUUACAAGGUCGAAUAGUGCAGUACGUAAUUAAUUUUCACUGCA